UUUUAAAUUCAUCAUUUGAGCAGUCAACACAUUUUAAUUGAAUUGAGCUUUAUUAUCACUUAAAAGUGUAAAAAAUACCCAAGAUUGAGUGAUGAAAGUCGCAGUUGUGCUACUCAUUUGCUGCAUGCUCAGCAUAAAACCAUCUUCACAAAUUUCGAUAGAAUGCAUCUUCGGCGGCAACUAUCAAUUCCAUCAGCUCAACUACAUCUAUCAUUGUGAAACUAGAACCAUUAUGAAUAUAAUCUCUCCUGACAAUGCAACAAUAACUAAAGUUACUGGAACUGCUUUAUAUAGAAGAACUAAUGACGAAGUUUUGGGAUUUGUUUCAUGGAAAGAGGGCAAGAGCAUCCAAUAUUUCCCACAGGGGAUUGAUAAAUUCUUUAAAAAUCUUCAAAUGAUUUACGUUGAAAAAGGAAGACUGAAGGAAAUUCAUCAAGCUGACCUCAAACCAUUUGCAAAGUUGAUAAGUCUUAGUUUAGAGAACAAUGACAUUGAAAAUAUUGAAGACGGAUUAUUUGACUUUAAUGAGAAACUGGAGAUUCUGUGGAUUAAUUACAACAAAAUCAUGACUGUUGGUUCAAAAGUUUUUGAAAAUUUGCCUAAAAUGCACUCGCUGUACUUAAAAUCUAAUCCCUGCGUUGAUAUGGAAGCAUACAGCAAUCCAUCUUUAGUAAAGAUGAUCAUUGCAUUCACGACUGAAAAUUGUGAUGACCCGAAGUAUAUUGAAUUGAGGAAGAAGAUAACAAGUCUCGAAGUUGACCUGAAAAAGUCAAAUUUUGAGUCAUCAAAGGCAAUUUUGGAAAAGUUUCAAGAUUUUGAGAAAAAGUUGGAUGAUUCAAGAAUUGAGCAUUUUGAGGCAUUGAGAAAUAAUUUGGAGUUGUUGCAUGACAAGACUGACAAUAUGGCUGACAAGCAUAACUAUUGGUUGAUAUUCUUUCUUGGAUCUUUUGGAUUUUUGUUCGUUCUUGUCAUCGCUGUUGCUGCUGUUGUGGCUUUCAGAAGAAAUGGAGGACAGGUUCCUUAUUUUUCAUGAUUCAUGCUGAUGUUAACGAGUAACAGGCGCGAAGCCAGGAGGGUCUUGUCCCCUGCAGCGAGAGCACGACCAAAAACGCUUAAGAG